AUGGUGAAAGUGCGCGUCGCGACGAACGAUGAACUGGCGAAGAUCGAAGAGAAGCUCUGCGAGGCGGUGCUGGAGACGAUCGAUCACGCGAAACGCGAUCCGAAGUGGUCGAACGAACGCGCGAAGGCGCUGAAGCGGCACUUGUACGCGAUGACGGAGCGCGUGCUGGGGAGCGUGAGGGCGAACGUGAUAUGUGGGACGGCGGAGGGGGGUGAAAAGGGGCGCGAGGUGAGCGAACGGGAGAUCGCGGAUCCGGAGUUGGACGCGUUGGAGGAGGAGGUGGCGGAGCUGAGCGCGAGGGUGGCGGAGCAGCGGGCGACGACGCCGGGGGCGGUGGCGAAGAAUUAUGCGGAUCGUUUGACCGAGCUUCGACCGAUGAUGGCUGGAGAUGAUGACGGUGAUGCCGCGGCGUUGAACAGGGUUGAGGCGAGCGUGGAUGGUGAGGCAAUGGAGGCGCUGAGGAAAGAGCUCGACGCGAAUUUGGCGCUCGUUCCCGAGUUGCAGACGCGACUGCAGGAAAGUUUGUCCAAGCUCGGACGGUUGAUGGGUGAAUUAGAUUUGCAAAGACAGCGCGCACCGCCAGGUACGAUCGAAAAGGCUAUCAACGCGCCCGUGGGAUCGGACACGCCCGCCACCGGCGAACUUCCGCCGGGUGGCGACGUCGCCACGCGUAGACGACUUGCGCACGAGUUGCAACCGGCGCCGAUCGCUUAA